AUGGCGAUGUCGAGCAGCAGCGUGUCACUGUUGAAGUCUUCUUUCAUGGGAGAUCGCUUCCUUCGCUCUUCACGCCACCAAUCACUUCCUCAACUAUUCACUUACAAACAACGAUUCAAUCACGUUUCUAUGCAGUUACCUCGCUCACUUUCCGGCUUAACCGAUUUCUUAUUCAAUAGGAAUAUCGGUGAAGAGCGUAAACGAUUGAGACCUGGAAUAAUUUCCCCGCGUCGAAAAGUGCCGGAGGAGAUAACAAAGCCUCCAUAUGUAAAAUCUAGGGUUCCGCCAGGGAUUGCGAGUGAACCUGAAGUGCAUGAUGAGAAGGGGAUAGAAUGUAUGAGAGCUUCUGGAAGGCUUGCAGCACAGGUUCUUCAAUACGCCGGCUCGUUGGUCAAGCCAGGUAUAACAACAGAUGAAAUUGACGAAGCAGUUCAUCAAAUGAUAGUUGAUAAUGGUGCAUAUCCAUCUCCUCUUGGCUACGGUGGUUUUCCAAAGAGUGUCUGCACGUCUGUGAAUGAGUGCAUUUGCCAUGGAAUACCAGAUUCCCGUUCGCUUGAGGAUGGUGAUAUAAUCAACAUUGAUGUCACUGUUUAUUUAAAUGGCUAUCAUGGUGAUACAUCGACAACUUUCUUUUGCGGAGAUGUUGAGGAUGAAGCCAAAAAACUAGUCCAGGUCACUAAAGAAUGCCUAGAUAAAGCGAUAUCAAUAUGUGGACCAGGAGUGGAAUUUAAGAAAAUUGGCAAAACAAUUCAUGAUCAUGCAGAUAAAUAUGGAUAUGGUGUUGUAGAUCAGUUUGUUGGCCAUGGAGUUGGACGCGUUUUUCACGCCGAUCCAGUUAUUCUUCACUUCAGAAACGAUGAAGAUGGACGCAUGAUGUUAAAUCAAACCUUCACAAUUGAGCCAAUGCUGACUAUGGGUAGCAUCAAUCCAGUGAUGUGGAAAGACAAUUGGACAGUUGUAACAGAAGACGGAAGUCUAUCAGCUCAGUUUGAACACACCAUUUUGAUUACACCUGGUGGAGCUGAGAUUAUGACUCAAUGCUGA